AUGGGAGGGGACAACAGGAGGAAUGAUGGAAGAGAUGAAAAGGAGGAUUGUACAGGUGAACAGAGAGUCCGACAGGGUAAUGUGGUUAAAAAUCGAGAUAGGAGGAGCAACGGUCAACGUUGUGUGCGUGUACGCAACUCAGAUAGGGUGUACAUAAGAGGAAAAAGACGACUUCUGGAUGUACUCGGGGGCGUGAUGAUAAAAAUCCCGGAUACGGAGGUUGUCUGGAUCCCGUGGGACCUUAACGAUCACGUUGGGGAAGGGAGCCUUGAUACAGAAGUUACAGGAAAGUACGGAGUUGGAGCACGGAAUGAAGGAGGAGACAGAAUUGUGGACUUUUCAAUAGCAAAAAGCAUGAGAGUAGUUAACACCUACUUCCAGAAAAAUCGAGCAACCUAUGCUAGCGGUGGACAAAACACACAAGUUGACUACAUCUUGUGCAGGAGAAAGGAACUACAGAAAGUAAAGGACUGUUAUGUCCUACCAAAAGAAGCCGUGGCCAAGUAG